UGAAGCUGGCAUACUUUUGCCAAAUAUUAGUGUUCAUUAUCCUCUAUAGCUCAUCAACCUUUGUGACUUCUCAAGAUUCAUGCUCCUCUAAUUUGGUGCAAAUUCAGUUUCCUAUCCCUUUCGAUACAAGUUCACUACUGUGCAGUCCUGUUUGGCCUGCUCACAAUUUCAUCCUUAGAUAUGCUAAGGCUUCAUCAGAUGUGUGGAGCUUCAUAUUCUCAAUCCCAUUAGACAAAAAAGCUUAUGCGGCCAUAGGGUUCUCAAAAGAUGGGAACAUGGUGGGUUCUAGUGCAAUUGUGGGGUGGAUGCCAUCUGCAGGAGCUGGGGGUAUGAAAUUGUACUAUCUAGGUGGAAAAUCACAAGAUGAGGUAGUUCAUGACAAAGGUGAUCUUUAUAUUAUGAACGCAUCCUUUGUUCCAGCAAGUGCUAAGCUAGGCUACUUCAUCUUCCAAUUGAAAACCACCCAACCUUCUUCGAAUCUCAUAUUUGCCAUUGGACCCAAUGGUCAAUUUCCAGAUUAUCCAAACUAUGCCUUGCCCCAACAUAUCGAUCAGACAUCCAUUACCAUAGAUUAUUCAAAAGGUUCUACGAGUGGAAAUUCUAACCUAAAUCUUCUUAGAAGUCAUGGAGUUCUGAACAUCAUGGGAUGGAGCAUUCUAAUGAUAAUAGGAUCCAUAAUUGCUCGCUACUUCAAGCAAUGGGAUCCCACUUGGUUUUAUUUCCAUGCUUCCAUUCAAGCAUUUAGCUUUGUGGCCGGCGUAAUUGGAAUUAUAUGUGGAUUGGUCUUAUCUAAGAAACUCAACACUAAAGUGACUCAUCACAAAAAUAUAGGAAUCGUCAUUAUCAUCCUUGGAUUCCUACAGGUAUUAGCCGUUGUAUUUCGACCAGGAAAGGAAUCGAAGAUACGAAAGUAUUGGAAUUGGUACCAUCAUAACGUGGGGAGGAUUUUGAUUAUCUUUGCUGUGCUUAACACCUUUUAUGGACUCCAUUUAGGAGGGGAAGGAUCUAAGUGGUUUCUUGCUUAUGGAGUCAUUAUUGCUGUCUUAGUUAUUAUCGUUGUCAUUUUGGAGAUAAGAAUGCGUAUCAUUGCAAGAAGAGAGACUCCCUCCAAAGAUAACUCAUCAUAUCCUCAAGCCGUGGAGUUACCUUAUUAACUUAACAUGUCUGUUUAUAAUAUAUAAAAGUUAAAUUGAAUGUCUUCAUAUUACAUUAUCACAUUAGUAAAAUUAAUGAUUUGAAGCAAAGAGAAAUUUUCACCGUCA